AUGGCAGAUAUCGGUUUCGGGAUUCCAUUACAAUCGAAUUUAAAUAAAUUCAACCACGAUUUAGAGGACGUUAGCAAAAAAUGUGUUUGGUUCUCACAAGAUGAUCUAGUUCCAACGAAUUUGGAGGCGAUAAAAGAAAUUUUAAGACUUGAAAAAACACCCCUGAGAUAUUGGCUCCUGCUUGCCUUUUCAUAUAAGUCACUAGGCCACUCAGAAUCUUCAGAUUCUCUGUUAAAAGAUUCAGAAACACUGUUUGCUAAUGAACAGGGAGGACCACUUUACUCCUCAUUAGCAUAUCAUAAUCUAACACAAGCAUACCAAUUUAAAAAUGAAGAAGAUAGACACACUAAGUAUAUGGACUGGACGAACCACUACGCGAGAAAGACCGAAGGGGCCUCAAUGUACCAUUUCUACCUCUUAAAAGGACACCAACAACUGCUUAACUUUACAAGAGAGAAGAAUUUUGAGUAUCUGUCAUCGGCAAGGACAAUGUUCCAACAUGCAAUUAACCUAAAUAACACAAAAAUAAUCCCAGUGAUUCUGUUUGGAAACAUUAUGGCAAUGUGCUCUAAUUACCAAAUGGCAUCAGUGUACUAUUUGAAAGCAUUACUUAUGACUACAUAUUAUCUGUCCAUGGUGGAUAAUUAUUUUAAAAUUGCGGAUGAAAGUAAUGAGAUCAUGUUUGAGCUAUCACUAGCACGCUCACAACUUAUUUGGCUAAAAUCGCUCCUGCUGUUCGCAAUUGCCUCCUGCCAGUUUUCUCUGGGGGAUAUUGAGUCGGCUAACACGCUGGUUGAAAAGUCAAUAUCCGUGAUGCCAAUGUCAAUUUCAUAUCGACUCUUGUCCUCAAUAAAUUCAUACAAGCUGACCCACUAUAAAGAUGAUUUUGACGAAAAUGACCCUGACACCCAACGUCUAUUUCAAGAGUACACAAAGACGUGCCUUUUGUGCUAUAAUUUGGAUAAAGCAAACCCACUAAACCAGCUUCAAAUCUGUGAAUUCCUGUUCCAUAAAGGAGAAGUGGAAGAAUGCGCAAAAAAACUACAAGAUCUCCAAAAGCUCAACCUUCCAUAUAACCUUAGAUCUGAACUUGAGUACCAACUUGGAAGAAUUGAACAUUUUAAGGAAAACUAUACAGAAGCAUUGAGUCAUUAUAUAAAUGCAAUUUCACUUAAAAGUGAUUUCAUGGUUGCUAGAUUACAGCUUAUUAAGGUAGCAGCAGGGUCCUCAGAUCUAGGACUGGCAAGAGAACAUUGUGAUUUCCUCCUUCAGUGUUUACACAAGGUACCAAUAGUACUCAAAGUGUCAGCAUAUGUUUACCUGUGUUCAGCAAGAGAAGCACUGGAAACUAAUAGGUGGGAAAUGCUAAAACUAGAAUCUGUAAAUAAAUCGCAAAACCAACUUGACAUAUCAUGUAUGUUUCACACAGUACAACAAGGUAUGGGAAGACUGAUAGACGAAAGACUUCUAAAGGCAGUUUCACUGUUGGAUGACCUCAUGACCAUGGAAAACACAAAUGAAAAUGACGAGGAACCGUUUGAAACUCUAAGAAUGGGGAAUAAAGAUAAAACUGACUUUUCUGAUCCACUAGCCUUGGAAUACUACAUCAGGUGUCUAGAAAUGUUGGUGUCAAGAGGAAGAGAAUACUUCUGCCCAACUCUUAAGUGUUACUAUUCUGAAUAUUUUAAAUUGUACAGAAACGAAAGCCCACAGUUUAACAACAAUUUUGGAGUCAUUUUAAUGUAUACGAGAGACUAUGCCAAAGCCUGUAAAAUACUCCAGGAUCUUAAUGAAAAAUUAUUAGUUGGAUCCAAUCAGACGACUGAGUUAAAUAACACUAAUGCAAUCUCAAGUAAUUCGUCAAAUGAGGAACUUGCUAAGAUGACGAUGGCCUUGACCGUAAGAUUCAACUAUGCGCUGGCGUUGGAAUUUACAGGUCAAUUUUCAAAAGCAAACAAGAUAUAUUCAGCACUGACAAGGGAGUACCCAAGAUAUACGCCACCUUGGCUCAGAAAGAGUAUCAUGGCAUUCAAAAAGUGUGACUACGAGAAUAGUGUUCGGUACCUGGAUCAGGUGAAGAGAGUACACCCGCUGAGCUGUGAACCUUAUUUGCUUCGAGCAUAUCACUUGGGAAGGUUAAAGUCCUUUGAUGAGGCAAUUCAUGAGAUCAGGAAAAUGUUCAGAGCAAUACCAGUUUCAACAUAUGACCCAUAUGCCAAUACACUUCUGGCAUCACUUCUUAUAAGGAAAAGCUAUAAGCUGCCACAAACGGCAGGAACCCAACAAAUAUUCCCAAAGGAAGCAAUGCAGUAUGCGAAAAUUGCAAUAAAGAGACCUUCAGUGUGUAAUUUCUAUGCAGCAAAUUGUAUUGCAGUGCUUUUAGCAUUAAACAAGAACCUAAAAGCGUCUUACGAGAGUUUCCUACUUCUCCUAGAGUCACUCUCAGUGACAAGCCAUAUGAAGUUGUUGGUGAACAAGAACAUGGGUUUAGUUUCAGCAGCAAUCACACUAGCCUUCAUGACCACAGACAAGAAGUUUGAUCGCAACAAGCUAAAUAAAUUGAAGGUAGCCAAGACACAACAAUACUUCCAAACUGCAAUUUCCAACGGGAAGAUGGACAAAAAUCUGUAUAUUUGCUAUAUCAGGUUCCUGUUCGAUGUCCAAAAAUACGAGGAGUGCAUAUCAAUGCUUGAAACAGCAAAACUAAUAUUCCAAGAUGAUGUUUUCGCAUAUAACCAGGUCAUAGUAACAGACUCGAUGAUCUGUACUUAUUUACGCGAUGCAGAAAAAACUAAUUCUGUGGUUGAAAUGAAUAACAUGUUGUCAGGGUGUCGAUUCAUUACAUCCACCGGAGACUAUUUUUUAGCAAUGAACCAGAGAGGCCAUGGGUUCAUGACACCCGAGAUGUGCAACAAACUUAAGCAGAUCCUAUCCAGAAUAAAAACGAAGGUUAUGCCUCACAUCACAAGCACGCUUCCACAUCUGGAGAAGGAAUGCGAAAACAAACAAAAGGCAAGAGAAAAGAGAUUACAACUGCAGCUAUCGAUCCAGCAGGCUCAGGAGGCUAAGAAACGGCAGAUGGAGGAGGAGAGGAUGAAGGCUGCAGAAGCCGACGAGGCUUUGUCUCAACAACUUCUAAAGGAGGCUUCUGAGAUCGCCUCUGAAAUUUUAACUGGAAAGGCUCCCCAGCCAUGA